ACAUUCAGAUUAUAGUCGUAUUAACCAGAUUUUAGUUUCCGAAAUGCCAUUAUUAUUAUGAAUACAAGUCUAGACGUAAAGAAAUGGAACAAAGGAUUGUAAAGAAAGAAAUAGUUAUUAACAAUGAUUGUCUUUGGAAUGGAGUUGUAAAACAAGAAUUUAUUGAAGAUGUAGAUGUAAAAUGGAAUAUAACACAUCCAUGUAAACAAGUUUCUGAUAGAUUUCGAAUAAAUAAAAAAUUCAUGAUUCCAGUUAAAACAAAAAAUGACGUUUUUAAUAAACAAAAUAAAUUUAAAUGUUUGAAUGUUAUAUGGAAAAAAAUUACAGAAUUGUUAAGAAAUGGGAAAUGUAUUGAAGAAAAUACUAUUGAAGGGAUUAUAAUAUGUGUUUAUUGUGGAAAUUUAUACACAAAGCGAGUCGAAUUUUUAUGUCAUUUUUCAAGGAAUCAUUAUAUAAAAAGAAAGACUGAAUUUAUUCAUAAAAGUGAUUCUGGAAAUGAUAUUGAUGUUGUGGAAAGUGACUUAAAAGAUGAAAUUGAAGUUGUUAAACAUGAAUUAGCAACAGAGCUACAAGAAGACGAUUUUAGGACAUGUAUAGAUGAAGAAUUGAUUUCAAAAAUAAGUGAUACAAAUCGGCAAUCAAUGGAGUCUUAUAUAAGUGAAAAAUCAUUUAAAUGUUAUCUUUGUUCAAAAUCAUUUUCACGAAAAAAUCAUUUAAGAUCUCAUAUACUUAGUCACUUAGGACAAAGGCCGUUCAAGUGUAACAUUUGUUCUAAAACUUUCACACGUAAAUGUAGUUUGAAUAUACAUUUACAAAUUCAUACAGGAAAACAGUCUUUUAAAUGUGAUAUUUGCUCAAAAAUUUUUUCACGUAAAAGUAGUUUAAACAUGCAUUCGCAUGUUCAUAAAGAAGAAAAACCUUUCAAAUGUGACAUUUGUUUGAAAACUUUUCCACACAAGAGUUACUUAAAUUCACAUACGCUCAUUCACACAGGAGAAAAGCCUUUCAAAUGUGAUAUUUGUUUGAAAAUGUUUUCCCAAAAAAAUGUUUUAAACAGACAUAAAAUCAGUCACGCAACAGAAAAGCCUUUUAAAUGUAAUAUUUGUAUGAAACCGUUUUCCCAAAAAACAACCUUGAAACUGCAUUAUCUCAUUCAUACAGGUGAAAAAUCGUUCAAAUGUGACAUUUGCUCAAAAACAUUUUCACAGAAAAAUAGUUUAAACAGACAUUUGCUCGGCCACACAGAGGAAAAGCCCUUCCAAUGUGAUAUUUGUUUAAAAACAUUUUCCCAAAAGAGUUAUUUAAAUUCACAUAUGGUAAUUCACACAGGGGAAAGGCUUUUCAAAUGUGAGCUUUGUUCAAAAACUUUUUCGCUAAAAAGUAGUUUGAACAGACAUUCAUUAAGUCACAGAGACGAGAAGCCUUUUAAAUGUGAAAUCUGUUCAAAAACAUUUGCACAGAAAGUUAAUUUAAAGUCACAUUUAAACAGUCACACUGGAGAAAAACCAUUCAAAUGUGACAUUUGUACAAAAAGUUUUCCACAAAAAAGUAGUUUAAGUAAACAUUUGCGCAGUCACACUAUAGAGAAACCUUUAAAAUGUGACAUUUGUUUUAAAACAUUUUCACAUAAAAGUUCUCUAAAUUCUCAUAUGCUCAUUCAUCAAGGGGAGAAAAAAUUCAAAUGUGAUUUUUGUAUGGAAACUUUUUUACAGAAAAGUAGUUUAAAUACACAUUCGCUUAAACACACUUGAAGAACUCAUUUCAAUUUAAAUAAAAAAAUGUCAAACAGAAAACUAAAUAAACAUUUUCAAAAUA